AUGGUGGACACCAAGAAACUGAUGGACAUGUUUAUCUCCAUGUUCUUCAUGACUGAGAUCAGACCAGGCAGUUCUGUGACUCUCUCCUGUCAGUUGUAUUCAUAUGAUAGAUACCCUUGUGAUACUUUGGUCCAUACUGAGGGAAUUGAGCUGAUCUGGGUGAAUCAGGCUGGUGUUAGUGUGAUGACAGACUCCAGAUAUCAGAUAUCAUUCUCCUCAACACACUGUAUCAGCACUCUGACUACAACACUCCUGAAUGAAGAUCUCAACAGAGAGUGGAGAUGUCUGGUUACUCAGAGAAAUCAACUGAAGACCUCAGCCACAUAUACUGUCAAGGACUCAGAGAUUCAGGACAGUAAGGAUGGACUAAGUGUUUCUGCGGGUGAGGAGAGGAAGCCCCCUCCCAUGCCAGAGGAGACUGGGAAAAGUAAAGUAGCAUCUUGCCUCACCAGCCAGUCCUCCACUUCUGCCGAUCAGAGUGUCAAGGUGGAGGGAGGCAUGAAGACGGAGAAGAAGGAUGUGAUGACCCUCUCUGACAGUGAUGAUGUGCAAACUAUCAGCUCAGGAUCAGAUGACAACAAGGAGAGAGAGAAAAAGACUCAGGCUGUGGUGAAGAGGCAGGUGGCGGUGAAGUCCACACGUGGCAUUGCUUUGAAGUCCCAUGGACUGAUGGUGAAAACGGGGGGAGGGGGUGGAGGAGGAGGUGGGUCGGGCCAAUCUCAUGGACAUGGAGGUGGCGGGGGCGAAGGUGGCCCUAAAAACACCCGCCAGUUCUUUGACGGGGAGGAAUCCUGUUAUAUCAUUGAUGCCAAACUGGAAGGCAACCUCGGAUGCUACCUCAAUCAUAGCUGCAGCCCCAAUCUGUUCGUCCAGAAUGUGUUUGUGGACACUCAUGAUCUGUGCUUCCCCUGGGUCGCCGUCUUUACUAGCAAGCAAAUCCGAGGGACGGAGUUGACAUGGGAUUAUAAUUAUGAAGUUGGCAGUGUAGAGGGCAAGGAGCUUCUGUGCUGCUGUGGAUCAACAGAAUGCAGAGGACGACUGCUGUAACACACACACACACACACACACAUGCACGCACUAAAGGUACCUCCUAUUGUAGACGUGCCAGUGAACACUUACCUGGAGCUCCUGGAAGUUGGAUUUGUCCAGUAAGGUCUGUGCUACUGAUAAGAACUGAGCAGACACUGAACGAAGAGGAAUUCGUUUAGGAACUUACCGAAGUAAUAAAAAAACAUUGUAUGUUCGCGUGUUUUCAACUGUCCUGCUUCACAAAGUUCUGCCUUAAACCCCAAAUGGGCCGAUGGCAUCUAUCACUAUGGUCUCCUGAUCGCAGUCCAAUAGAGUGCCUUUGGGAUGUGCUGGAACUGGAGUUACCUUUCGAAGGGAACUCAA